AUGGGUGUCAACGCGUUAGCACUAGGAGCCCGGUGUCUUCGAGGAGCGACUCUUCAAGCCUUCAGCGGCCCCUCCGGCUGCGGAGCCUACGCCGCCUCAGGAGGAGCUCCCCCGCCACAGACCUCAGGAGGCCCCGCCUGCGGCCCGACCUCAGGAGCGCGCCUGCUGCUCGUGCUCGAACCCCAGGAGGGGUGCUGGACUGAAGAAUUCAAGGCGUACCUGCUGCAAGGAACCCUGUCGGAGAAGGAGGAGGACGCGGAGCGCGUGGCUCGGCAAGCUACAACCUAUUUCCUCCGGGAAGACUGCGGGCAUCAUUCAUCGUCGCGCACCUUGGCGGGCAAGACGUUCCGCAGUGGAUUCUACUGGCCCACGUCACUCAGCGACGCAAUCGAGCUAGUGAGAUCCUUCGAGGCCUGCCAGUUCCAUGCCAAGAAAAUCCACCAGCCUGCUUAG